AUGUAUUCACAACACCCGGCUAUUGCGCCUCAGAAACCUGAGACGUUCAUGUUGAGCACCGAAGCUCAGCAGGCUCUUCCCCAUGAUGCCCAGGUCGCCCUUCAGCAAGUCGACAACCUCAAGUAUUUCCUCAUCUCCGCCCCAGUCGAUUGGCAGCCGGAUCAGUACAUUCGACGCUUUCUUCUGCCGACGGGUGAAUACGUCUCUUGCAUCCUGUGGAACAACCUCUUCCACAUCUCCGGCACUGACAUUGUGCGAUGCCUCUCCUUCAGAUUCCAAGCCUUUGGCCGCCCUGUCAAGAACUCCAAAAAGUUCGAGGAGGGAAUCUUCUCCGAUCUCCGAAAUCUCAAGUCAGGAACAGAUGCCUCCCUGGAGGAACCAAAGAGCGCUUUCCUCGACUUUCUCUACAAAAACAACUGCAUCCGUACCCAGAAGAAGCAAAAGGUCUUUUACUGGUACAGUGUGCCCCACGACCGCCUCUUCCUGGAUGCUCUGGAGCGAGACUUGAAGCGGGAGAAGAUGGGCCAGGAAGCCACUACCGUCGCUGUUAGCGAGCCCGCCUUGUCUUUCCAGUACGAUUCGUCGCAGUCGCUCUACGAGCAGCUCACGAAGAGCCAGCAGGCCAACUCGUCCUCCUUCAGCGCGCAGCAGUCUUCUUUUCACCCCAGCCAGUCCACCUCUCCCGUCAUGAGGGGCAUGGACUCCAUGCCUCCCCCGAGCAUCAUACCCAACACCAUGGCCCCUUUGGCUGAGAGCAUGGACUCCAUGGUCCCCUACGACACCAUGACCAUGGCCCCCGCCGUCCCCCAUCAGGUUGCCGCAGUCAAGAGGGAGGCUGACUUCACUCGCGUCCACUACAACCAGAAUGGCAUCCCCAUUACGCACAGCCACCACCGCCAUUCCUCGAUGCCCGCCUACGGCCUGGAGUACUCGCCUGCUCCGUCCUUUGUGUCUUCGGGCUACGAGGAUUACAGCAACCGGGGUUUGUCCUUUGAGCCCAUCACUCCUCCUCAGCAGGCUCUCGGCAUGACUGCCGAGCCCGCCUACAUUGCCAACGAGGAGACUGGACUCUACUCUGCCAUCCCCGAUCACCUCUCCGCCAUGUCUGGCCUCGGCGGAAUGGUCCAGAUGCCGUCCCACCUUGCUGGCCCGCAGUUCCCUCGCUCUUACGGCGCAAACAACAUUUACUCCGUCAUCGAGGGAUCCCCCACCUACAAGCAGCGAAGACGCCGCACGUCCAUCCCCACCUCAAUGUCUACCAUCGCACCUACGUCAACCCCGUCUGCCCCUCACAGGCCCUCGGAUCUGCGUCGGUCAGUCUCCGUCUCUAUGGGGCCCGUCGCCGAGGGAGAAGAGUCUACUGGAAACUCACCUUCCAGCAUGAUUUACCCCUCCCAGCACAAGGAUCUCAUGGACAUCUCAAGACAUGGCAGCCCCGCUGUUCACCCCAUGGCUCUCCAGCAUGACUUUUCCCACAUCAGCGACGACCUCUCUGGUGAGCGUUCCAUGAUGGCUGGCGGCAUUGUCCGACGUGCCCGAUCAGCUACCGUGAUGGAGCUGGGCCCUUAUCCUCACAAGUCUCACUCGUGCCCAAUUCCCACCUGUGGCCGACUCUUUAAGAGACUAGAGCACCUCAAGAGGCAUGUCCGAACACACACUCAAGAGAAGCCUUACAUCUGCCCUCACUGCAGCAAGGCUUUCUCCCGAUCAGAUAACCUGGCGCAGCACAAGCGUACCCACAGCCGCGAGGAUGGUGGCGAGGGCUCAUUGCAUCUCUCUGCCGAGGAGGAGGAGGAGUUUUCUGGCGAGGAGCAUCUUGGAUCUGUCGAGGAGGCAUCACCAACAUCAGAAUCAGCCUUUGUCCCUGGCUCGAUCAACGCCGUCGUUACCAACGGCGGUGUUGCUCCUCAGACCACCAUGACUUCCAGCCACAGCUUCAACAGCCUCCAGACCCUGAGCAUGCCCAUGACCAUCAGCCACCCCACGCCCAUCAAUGCUGGCGGUGCCAUGUAA